AACAAAAUGAGGCUAACAUACUGCGUCUGUUUGAUAUUUUUGACACUCUGGAGUUUAGCCAGUGGCGAAGGCAUGGAUAACUAUAUAUGGUGUACAUCAAAUAUGCUGGGAGUUUGUAGUAGUCAAAAAUCAAAUGUCAAUUCAAAUAAACGUUUGCCUUGAAUUUAAAAACAAGACUUUUGCUUUUUAGUUAAAUAAUUUAACAACAACAUGAAGCCAGGCGUCGAGCAAAAGCGCACCCAGCGCUAUGUGGAUGAAGUGUAUCGCUUGGUGCUGGAGAAGCCUGGAGUCGAGGAUGUUUUGAUCAUGAACCGCUCGGGUGUGCCCAUCAAGUCAACAAUGACGCCACAGGAUACACUGCAGCAUGCCUGUCUCUAUGAUAAUUUGCGUGAAAAGUGCCAGGCGUUUCUACACAAACUGGAGCCGCCACAGACACUCAUAAUGCUGCGUGUUCGUACCAGAAACCACGAGGUUAUCAUAACGCCAGAUGGUAAAAUCACAAUACUUGUUGUGCAGAAUGCGCCAGACACGUUUCUGGGUAGUAAACUAGAUUAGGCAUUCAAUCAUUUCACUUUGCUGACUCAAUUUGCUUGAAAAUUAAAGUUUGUGGCCUUAAACUAAAAACAUA